GGGGUUUAAACCUGAGGCGGGGCGCGAUUCCUCCCGGCGUGCUGCGGAGGAACGGCUGUUGGCCUGUGGUUGAUUCAAGCUCCCGGCUGGCCUGGGGCUCCAGUGCUCCUUCUCCUCGCUGAGCGGCUGCCCGGUGCAGAAGAAGCCAUGGCGCUCCGGAUCACCAGGAACAGUAAGAUAAAUGCUGAAAAUAAGGCGAAGAUCAGUAUGGCAGGGGCCAAGCGCGUGCCUGUGGCCGCUGUUGCAAUCUCUAAGCCCGGACUGAGGCCCCGAACAGCUCUUGGAGACAUCGGUAACAAAGUCAGUGAACAACAGCAGGCCAAACUGCCUCUGAAAAAGGAAGCAAAAACUUUAGCUGCUGGAAAAGUUACUGCUAAAAAAGUACCAAAACCUCUGGAAAAGGCUCCUGUAUCUGUGCCGGAGCCGCAGCCGGAGCCAGAACUGGAACCGGAGCCUGUUAAGGAAGAGAAACUUUCCCCCGAGCCUAUUUUGGUGGAUACUCCCUCUCCAAGCCCCAUGGAAACAUCUGGCUGUGCCCCUGCAGAAGAAUAUUUGUGUCAGGCUUUCUCAGAUGUAAUUCUUGCAGUGAGUGAUGUGGAUGCAGAAGACGGAGCGGAUCCAAACCUUUGUAGUGAAUAUGUGAAAGAUAUCUAUGCUUAUCUAAGACAACUUGAGGAAGAGCAAGCCGUCAAACCAAAAUACCUAAUGGGUCGUGAAGUCACUGGAAACAUGAGAGCCAUCCUAAUUGACUGGCUAGUGCAAGUUCAAAUGAAAUUCAGGUUACUGCAGGAGACCAUGUACAUGACUGUUUCCAUAAUUGAUCGGUUCAUGCAGGAUAAUUGUGUGCCCAAGAAGAUGCUGCAGCUGGUUGGAGUCACUGCCAUGUUUGUUGCAAGCAAAUAUGAGGAAAUGUACCCUCCAGAAAUCGGUGACUUUGCCUUUGUGACUGACAAUACCUACACCAAGUUUCAAAUCAGACAGAUGGAAAUGAAGAUUCUAAGAGCUUUAAAUUUUAGUCUGGGUCGCCCUCUACCCCUGCAUUUCCUUCGGAGAGCAUCUAAGAUUGGAGAGGUUGACGUUGAGCUACACACUCUGGCCAAAUAUCUGAUGGAACUAACUAUGCUGGACUACGAUAUGGUGCACUUUCCUCCUUCUCAGAUUGCAGCGGGAGCUUUUUGCUUAGCACUGAAAAUUCUUGAUAAUGGUGAAUGGACACCAACUCUGCAGCAUUACCUGUCAUACACCGAGGAAUCCCUUCUUGCUGUUAUGCAACACCUGGCGAAGAAUGUGGUCAUGGUGAACCGCGGGCUUACAAAGCACCUGACUAUCAAGAACAAGUAUGCCACAUCUAAGCAUGCCAAGAUCAGCACUCUAGCACAGCUGAAUUCUGCACUAGUUCAAGAUUUAGCCAAGGCUGUGGCAAAAGUGUAACUUGUGAACUUUGGAAUACUAUCUGCAAAUAAAAUUGGCACCAUGUGCCAUCUGUACAUAUUAUAUGUUACAUUUAUUUACUUUUAAUAAAGUUGCAGUUCUUUUUACUCAUCCUUUAACUCAUUUGAAUGUGGCUACUUUCCACUUGAGGAUAAAAGUUGUUUUAAAGGUAUGGUGGGGAUUGCUUAAAAACAGUUUUCAGUUACCUGGGGACCCAACUAAUAUAUACAAUUGGUUCUUCUUGGGUUUUGUUUUAUAUGCCUGGCUUUACUUAAGAUGAUUUACUAAGCUCUUGAAGGCAUUUAAAAUGUAAAUGUACUUUAUAUGUCAUACUGUAUGUAAGCCCAAGUCACCUUAAGAGAUUCUGCUGCCUAGUUCUACAUAAGGAAAAGUCUACCAUCUCAUUCCUAGUCCUCCUGAUUCCUAUUUACUCUGGUGGUUGCUGCCAUAAUUCUAAGUAAUCUACUAUUACCGCUUUCUUAAUUUAUCAACUUUAGCUAGUAUCAGCAUUUUCACUUGGAAAAAUAAGAAUUUUAAUUUAUAUUCAAAGCCUAGUUUUUAUUAAGAAAAUAAAACAAUCCUUAAAUAUGAAAGUAUCUUAAAAACUUUAUUUACCCACCCCCUUCUUACUGUCCUGUCUCAGUCCCAUCUGAAGGAUAUAAGGAGUUCGGAGUGUAUCGAUCCAUGAAUAUAGACAUGUGUAUAGAUCUGCGUAUGUAAUAUUAUGGGAGGUAUUAAAAAUGGGUCAUUUUGUAUACUUAGCAAUUCAUUUCAACAUGGACAGGCCUUACCUGUAUUUGGGCAUUACAGUCCAUUGUAUGGAUAUAUUAUAAUGUAUUUAACUGUUGUCUGUUUACAUUCAGAUUGCUUUUUCUCUUUGUUCCUAUAGACAAUGCUGUUUAAAUGUCAUUAUAUACCAUACUUUUCUUUAUGUACAUUCACUGAGUUCUCCAAAGAAUGUGUGUUCUAAGUUCUGGCAGUUGUAGCCAGCUGACGUUCUCAAUGUCAUCAGCAAUAAAUGUACAAAAGUU